CACCCGUCCUGGAAACACCUUUGAGGAAUAGGGACAGCCAUAAGGAACCAGGCCCCUAGUACCAGCACUUGCCAGCGCGUCCCUGGCUUGGGAAGCUGCAUUCAGGGAGGUGCAGAGAACAGGGUUGGGGGCUCCUGCUCUUGGUUCCUCAACCCCUGCCCAGGACCCAGAGGCUGGUGCCCCCGUCCUGAGACCCUCGGGGGAGCAGACACCUGCAGGACCUCGCACCAGGCCUCCCGGGCUCCCCGCCUCUCUCUCAAGAGGCCCAGCGCUUUCUCUGGGGCCUAUGCCUGCUCACCCACGAUCCUAGCGUCCACUGUCACCCCUUUCCAUCCUUUCCUGCCUAUUACCCAUCCUCACACUCCCAUCCCACCUCCACUACUGAGUCCAGCGCUCACCUUCCACUCAUACCUCUUGCACUUGUGUUCCUGUGCCCGGCUCUGACCUCCACUGGGGCGCCUAGUGGAGGGCCCCUUUAGCCCGCGGAGGUGCUGGGGCAGCUGGGGCUGGGUCUUAAUGUUCAGGGCACUCUCUCUCCCAUUGCUGGUCUUUCCCAACCCAGCUGCCUGGGUGCUGUUCCUGUCCCCUGAACAGGAGAUGAUUUAAACGGCUUUGGAAGAAGAGAGGCCAUGUGUGGGAGAGACAGGGUGUAACCACAGAGAUGAGGCCUGGAGGGAGGAGUUUCUGCCCCAGCAAGUGAAUUUAAGGGCCAGAUCUGAGCCCUGGAAGGCUCCAGUGGAUGCCAGGUAUCUGAAGGGCAAAACCACGGGCUGCUGGAGCCUGCAUCAUGUCGAGUCCACAGAGGAGGAAGGCUCUGCCCUGGGCACUGUCACUGCUUCUCAUGGGCUUCCAGCUCCUGGUGACCUAUGCCUGGUGUUCUGAAGAGGAAAUGGGUGGUAAUAAUAAAAUAGUCCAGGAUCCUAUGUUCCUCGCCACAGUGGAGUUUGCCUUGAACACUUUCAACGUUCAGAGCAAGGAGGAGCAUGCCUACAGACUGUUGCGCGUUUUGAGUUCAUGGAGAGAGGAUAGCAUGGACAGAAAGUGGCGAGGUAAGAUGGUGUUCUCCAUGAAUCUACAACUACGCCAAACUGUAUGUUGGAAAUUUGAAGAUGACAUUGAAAACUGCCCUUUUCAAGAAAGCCCAGAGCUGAACAAUGUAAGACAGGGUGUCAGCUUUCCUCAGGUCCACAACUGUGGAUGCUGCAUGGGGUGUGGUGUGGGCACAGGAGCAGCUGACAAAGCCAUUCCGAGCGACAAAGGCAAGUGAGCCCACAGCAGGCUCUACCAGGCUGCCCUGCUUGUGCCUUAGUGGGAAGCCCAGUGAGGCAGGGAGCCCAGGGCUUCACUUUCAGGCCCCCGGCCAAUCUGAGUUUCCUGACUCUGCCCUCUGACACCAUUGCAGCUGCCUGCACCUGGGCCACAUGGCCUUCAGAACCUUCUCUCUGGUCUUCCUCCCCAUUCUUCCCUGCCUUCUAGAGAAAGAGCCUGGAGACAAUGGUGACAAUGUCUGUGGAUACUUUUCUCAGGGUUUCCCUACCCUGUUCUAGACCCAAAAGUGGUGAAGGCUGAGAAGAAGCCCCACUGCCCUCACUCCUAGUCC